AUGCCCAGCAUCUCACCCGUCGGACUAGGGCGUAUGCGGCGACCGUCCGUGGCGUGUGCUACGUCAUUAACGCGCCGGCGACUCAACAGUUAGUUCGGUCCACCCCUCUCCGCACCCCUUUCCCCCGGCUUUCGUGCAAAGUGAAAGCUUAUCUCGAUCGAGUUCUGUAUCCCGUUCAGCCUCUUCCGGGUCCAAGAAACCGAUCGCGUUUGCAUUCGAUAUCGUACGUCCCCCAGACAGACAUCACCGUUCGCUCGUUCCUACUGGCGGCCCCCACCUGACGUCGACGUCGGACCUCCUCGCUCAUCCAACCACCUAGGACGGUGUCCUCAAGCAAGGAUCCCACGUGCUCCCCCAAGCCAAACGAACCCUCGCCGUUCUCUCAGGCCAGAACAAACUCUCUCAGAAAUUCCCCUUCAUCUGCCUCACGAAUGGAGGUGGAUCGAUCGAGGCCACUCGCGCGCAAAGGUUGACUCGCGAAUUGGGCGUCGAGAUUGGCGAAGGGCAGGUGGUGCAGAGUCAUACCAUCUUCAGGGGUUUGGUGCCGAAAUUCGAGGAUAAGCCUGUCUUGGUAAUUGGCGGGGUCAAGGAUCACUGUCGCAAAGUCGCACAACAGUUGAGUUACCCCGGGGAAGCAGAACUGCGCAUCUUGGAACGUUGAACUGACGCUGUAUGUGGGCCGCGAGCAAAACAGUUAUGGGUUCAAGCACGUCUACAUUCCGGAGGACGUACUACACUGGCAAGCAAGCGUGUGGCCCUUUCAAAAAUUGACCGACAAGGAAGUCGCUUACGCCAAGGUAGGAGAUUGCCGGGGCAGAGUCUUCUUUUGUCGUGAAAUUCGGCCUGACCCGGACCCAUCUCCCUUUUGUCUUCCAGGCCGACGUCGACUUUUCCAAAAUUUCCUUUGCAGCCAUCCUAGUCUUCCAUGACUCCUUUAAUUGGGGUCGAGACGUCCAACUGAUAUGCGACGUCCUAUCCUCGUCCCACGGCGUGUUGGGAACGAGUAAAUCCACUUCCGAAUGGGAAAGCUCACCUCAAUUGCCCGUACAUUUCUCCAAUCCGGAUUUACUAUGGGGGAACGAGUUCUCCCAACCCCGGUUCGGGCAAGGCGCUUUCCAAGAAAGUGUUGCGGCGGUUUGGAAGCGGACGUACAACAAGGAUUUGAUCAGGUGCGCGCGUCGGCGCCCGGGUCAGGGGGGGUUGUCGAGAGCACAUCGAGACUGAUGAUCUGGACCUGGGCCGUGCUGCACAGAACGACGGGUGGCAAACCUACUUCACACACGUACAAAUACGCUUCAUCCCUCCUGUCCCACCACGUCCGAUCCCUCUCCAACCCUCACACCCAUUCAUCCUCUGAAUCACUCCACGAAGCCGUCGUCAAUUCCGACGCAGGGCCAAUCGAAGGCAACGUCUACAUGCUGGGAGAUAACCCGGCUUCAGAUAUUGCGGGAGCGAAUGCGUUUGGGUGGGAGAGUAUACUGGUUAGGACGGGGGUGUUUAGAGGGGAUGUCAAGGACGCGGAGCAUCGACCGACGAUUGUGAAGAAUGACGUUUGGGUAAGUCUUGAGCGUCCCUCGGGCGAGCGAGGGCGAGGCUCAAGGGCAGGAGCUGACACAUUUGGGUUUGCCCUGUACAUUGAACAGGAAGGAGUCAAAUGGGCCCUCCAAAGAGAAGGCUGGGGUGAAGUACUAUAG